AUGAUAGCCACGGUUAAUAACGACAUAGCUUCGUUGAAACGCUAUAUUCACUCUGUCAGCGAGAUUCCGGUCAUUUCUCAUAGCGACCUGCUCAGUCUGUACCAAGAUGUUGGAAUGUCUGGAUUUGCCGGAAUGAGCGACGCCGAGUUCCAACAACUACUUUCCAACAAUCGGGAGGAGAUAUACCGGCGACUCGGUGAGAAUGCGUUAUCAAUCGAGAACAGCGAAUCCGGUAGUUAUCGGCACUUUCGAAAGUGCAACGAAUGUCGAUUCCAAACAGGUGCCUUUAAGAAUGAGAUUAGCCCUGACCUUUGUGGAAUCAAAAGCUUUCCCAUUAUUUCGAUUGAAAACCAUAUGAUUUCAUCCCCCAUCGAUCGAUAUUUCCCUGGGCUCUUAGAUACAUUGCAACAAGGGCGGCCACGUACAUCUUUCUGUCAAGGCUACCAAACACCUUGGACUUUGUGGAUGGCUCGAUGUCCUCGAUGUGGGGAAUGGCAAGAGCUGAGAGCGUUUCGGAUCAGUGGAGGGCAUGAGGCAUGGGUGCCUUACAUGGGGUGGGUAACCUGGGACGGAAUGCUUCUUAAGCCAGAAGCGUUGAAGAAAGCUUGCUGCAACGCAUGCUUCGUAGCCCAAAAUGGCCGACACGCACUCGCGGAGUAUCUUGUCCGGUGGUUCCUGUUCCUCAUUCAGCAACAGACCAACGAUGUACAUUAUGAACUUGUUGCUGCACCGCAAAAAGUCGAGGUCUGGUCGGGAGUCCAGCCCACUCAGUCAGAGAAAUCAGAUUGGCACUACCAAUUACACCAGAUAAAGGCCUUUGAACGGCACCUCCCCUCGUGGUAUUUGUCUUCCUGCCUUCAGACCUUCUACAAAAACUGUUAUUACAAGCGGUAUAUUGCUUUUCUCAUGCUUCUUCUCUCAUCCAGUGUGAAUGUCAUCCCACGCUAG